AUGGAGUUGCUGCUGAUCUGCCUUUCCCUGUGGAUAUUGCAAUGUAAUUCUGCCAAAGCGGACUCCAUCAUACAUAUCGGUGCCAUAUUCGAGGAAAACGCUGUGAGAGAUGACGAGAUUUUCCAACUUGCCAUCUCGGACCUGAGUCUGAACGACGACAUUCUGCAGAGCGAGAAAAUCACCCACUCUGUGAAACUUAUCGAGCCCAAUAACCCCUUCCAGGCCGUGCAGGAAGCAUGUGAGCUGAUGAACCAGGGGAUCCUCGCUCUGGUCACAUCCACGGGCUGUGCAGCCGCAAGUGCCCUGCAGUCUCUGACAGACGCAAUGCACAUUCCUCACCUCUUCAUCCAGAGAAACGGGGAUGGUGCGCCCCGCACUGCCUGCCAGCUCAACCCCAGCCCAGACGGGGAGAGCUACACCUUGGCUGCCCGUCCACCUGUUCGAAUCAACGACGUCCUGCUUACCCUUGUGUCGGAGCUGCACUGGCAGAAGUUCAUCAUCUUUUAUGAGAGCGACUACGAUAUCCGGGGUUUGCAAACCUUUAUGGACCAGGCGUCUCGUCUGGGUCUGGAUGUCUCCCUGCAGAAGGUGGACCGCAACGUCAGCCGAGUCUUUUCAGACCUCUUCAACACAAUGCGCACAGAGGAGCUCAACCGGUACCGGGACACUCUACGGCGGGCCGUGCUGCUCAUGAGCCCCAGAGGUGCACAGGUGUUCAUCCACCAGGCUGUGGAAACCAACCUGGCAUCCAAGGACAGUCACUGGGUAUAUGCCAAUGAGGAGGUGAGUGAUGCAGACAUCAUGGAGCUGGUUCACAGCUCGCUGGGGCGGAUGACCAUCAUUCGUCAGAUCUUCCCUUUGUGGAGAGACACCAACGUUCGCUGUAUGAGGAACAAUCAUCGCAUCUCCUCCCUGCUCUGUGACCCGCAGGAGGGCUAUCUGCAGUCUCUGGAGGUGUCCAACCUCUACCUGUACGACAGUGUUUUGAUGCUGGCCAACGCCUUCUAUAGGAAACUGGAGGACAGGAAGUGGCACAGCAUGGCCAGCCUGAACUGCAUGAGGAAGUCUACCAAGCCAUGGAAUGGAGGAUGGUCAAUGCUGGACACCAUCCAGAAGGGACGGAUCAGUGGCCUGACGGGACUGAUGGACUUCCGCGCUGAAGGCUCGAAUUCCCAUGUGCAAUUUGAGAUUCUUGGAACCAGCUACAGUGAGACAUUUGGGAAAGAUGUGAAACGGCUGGCGUCUUGGGACUCCACUCGUGGUUUGAAUGGUAGCCUGAGGGAGAACCGGAUAGAGAGCGGGAUGCAGGGUGUGACGCUCAAGAUUGUAACAUUACUGGAAGAGCCUUUUGUGAUGGUGGCGGAGAAUAUUCUGGGUCAACCCAAGAGAUACAAAGGUUUCUCUAUUGAUGUCCUGGAUGCCCUGGCCAAGAUCCUGGGCUUCAAGUAUGACAUCUACCAAGUCGGGGACGGGAAGUACGGCUCGGUUCUCCCUAAUGGAUCCUGGAAUGGCAUGAUUGGAGAACUCAUUGGCAAGCGAGCUGACUUGGCCAUAUCAGCCAUCACCAUCACCCCAGAGCGCGAGAGCGUGGUGGAUUUCAGCAAGCGCUACCUGGACUAUUCAGUGGGAAUCCUGAUGCGCAAGUCCGAGGAAAAGAUCAACAUUUUCUCUUUGCUGGCACCAUUUGACCUGGCAGUGUGGGCGUGCAUCGCUGCAGCCAUCCCUGUGGUGGGCAUCAUGAUCUUCCUACUCCGGCGCAUCCAGGCAGUGCGCUGCCAGAGCAAUGCAGGAGGCCAUCCGCCACCUUCUGUCUCCACUUCGCUUCAGAGCGCCAUCUGGAUUGUCUACGGUGCUUUUGUGCAACAAGGUGGUGACUCCAUCCUGGGAUCGGUGGCUCUGCGUAUCGUCAUGGGCAGCUGGUGGCUCUUCACCCUCAUUGUGUGUUCGUCCUACACGGCAAACCUGGCAGCCUACCUCACCGUGUCACGCAUGGACAAUGCUGUCCGGUCGUUCCAGGACCUGGCCAGGCAGGCGGACCUGGUUUACGGGACUGUGAGGGAGUCGGCCGUGUACGAGUACUUCCAGGCCAAAGGCACCAACCCUCUGGAGCAGGACAACACGUUCGCUGAGCUCUGGAAGACCAUCAACAAGAACAACGGCUUUGAGAACUCUGUCUCCAGCCCGUCAGAGGGAAUCAAGAAGACGAAGCGAGAGUCGUACGCCUUCCUGUGGGACAUGGCGGUGGUGGAGUACGCUGCUCUGACAGACGACGACUGCACGCUGACUGUAGCAGGGAACAGCAUGAGCACCAGAGGCUACGGCAUGGCCCUGCAGCACGGCAGUCCUUACAGAGACCUCUUCUCUCAGAAGAUAUUGGAGCUUCAGGAGAAAGGUGACCUGGACAUCCUGAAGCAGAAAUGGUGGCCGAAGAAGGGCCGCUGCGACCUGCAGAGCCACGCAGAAGCCCAGCCGGAGGGACGCGCGCUGCGUCUCCACAGCUUUGCCGGCGUCUUCUGCAUCCUGGCUGCGGGGCUGCUGCUGGCCCUCCUGGUGGCCGCGCUGGAGACCUGGUGGAACAGCAACCACUGCCGGAGAGAGCAGCCCAAAGAGGACAAAGAGGUGAACCUGGAACAGGUCCACCAGCGUUUGAACAGCCUCCUGGACGAGGACUUAGCCCACAAGCAGCUGCCAGGCCAGUCUAUCGAGAUCUCUGCCCUGGACAUUGGCAGCAUGCAGCCCAGCCAGUCCCUAGAGGCCUUGUCUGCUCGAGACUACCCAGCCCAUCGGGGGCCGCCACGGCUCUCUGUGACCACCUUCCUCCAGGAGGGACAUGGGGCAGGAAGGACACUGGGCACGGCCACUGGCAGGACCUUGCCCCUGCCCCUCAGCAGUGCCACCAUGCCCUCUAUCCGCUGCAAACACAGGGCGCCCAAUGGGGGUCUCUUCCGGCAGAGCCCAGUCAAGACACCGAUGCCAAUGUCCUACCAACCAGUGCCAGGAGGACCCAUCCCAGAAGCCAGUGAGCCCAGCCACGGGACAUCCAUCUGA